GUUAAAACCGUUGGACACCAAACGAUCAAAGGGAAAGUUGUUCCACCUGCAUCAUGCCAAUGCUCAAAACUAUCAAAUAUUUAUUUUAGGCAACGACGAUGUGGGCUGCUAGGCGAGUUCUAUCGUCGGUAGUUCAGAGAACUCAGUAUGCGGGGCAGUCCGGUUUGUUUCGCAACCCUCAGCACGGAUCCCUCCCUGAGCUGGAGCUACGGUACCUCCAGUGCACAUGCUGCUGGAGAAGUCGGGUUCCCGUGGCGGGCUUUGAGACCCUCAACGCCACUUUGUCCUCCACUAAUGAGCCCUGCAAGGAGGACAGCAGAACGCUGGACGCCUGCUACACCUCAGAGCAACGAGACGCCAUCCUCCAACUCCUCAACACCGCCACACCGUCAGAGCUGGCCGGGAUAAAGCUGCUAAGAGGCCGCAAGUCCCUCAACAUUGUGGAGUACAGGACUAAAAACGGGCCCUUUAAAACUCUGGAAAGUGUGGUAAAUGUCCCGCUGCUAAAGCACAAAAGUGCUGUUGUAGUCUUCAACUCCAUCCUUAACCCGGGUAAGAAGGAGAGGAAAGUGAGGAUACAGCUGGCGAAGUUUAUCAGGCCAGAGGUUGACAAGUCUUGGUUGGAGGAUGCCACUUCCAUAGUGUCAAUUGUGUGUGGGACUAAUAAACUUGCUUGGGCACAUGUGGACCGUGGAAUGACUGUGCUGGACUGGCAGCAGAUGGACUGUCCGAAUUUCUUGAGGGGAACUUACAUGGCUUCUGCUUAUUUGCAUGAUGUCUCUUCAGUUGUGGCCCUCCUGCCAUCAGCGGACUUCUACAUAAUAGAGAAACCUUCCAUCUCAGUUCAGAACACGGCUCUGUUCCCUGUAAUGGCUCACAUGAGGGCUGUGGAGGCCAUGCUGUUUGCUCUGCUGGAGCCCAAAAAUUCCUCACCAGAAUCCAACAUUCCUCCCAGGGUUCUCAACAUGAUGAGGGUUGCUGUAGGUCACCACUUUGGACUGAUGGUGGGCGAGUCUCGGACAAGUGGGGCGCAGACGGUGAGACAGCUGAUGACAGAGUCUGUGAUUCAGAAGCUUCCCCGGAUAAACUUUCCCCAGGAUCUGCUGGUGAAGUAUCGGAAUUCUUUCCAGAUGGGCAGCAGAAGAGGAGGGGAGGAACUCUGUGAUGCUCUUCUUCAGGCUGUAGCUUUUUAUGAGCUGCUCGGCGAAUGUUCCUGAGAGGCACCACCUGGACUGAUCUCGUGCUCCUACCACACAACGUCCACUAAAGCAAACCUCAGAAGUGGCAUUUUGAGCUCUUUUGAACUUUAAUUUUUCUGAUAAAUGGUUAAUUUGGUAGAGGUUAAUAAUAAGAAUUGAAUAUUUUUCCUGUUACUUAAAAACAAAGAUGUCUUCUGGGUGCUGUUUUAGGGCUGCUGCUGUUUUAUUUCUGCUACAGCUGGACAGUAGGAGCUGUCCUUGCUGCCUGAGAAUUUUCACUCCUGUUCUGUGUAAAAGAACAGUUUGUACCUAAAACCCAAAGGAUGAAAAUUAUAACACUGUUCAGGUCAACAACUUGUGUCAGUACCUGAGUAAUCAGAGUACCUUAAAUCCUUUUAAAAUGCUCAGUAUAAAAAAAUAAUUUUA